AUUUACUUUAAUUUCAUAUUCAAGUUACAUUUUCGACCAAGCAAUAUUGUUAGGCUUAAUAUACCCGUCAAUGUUUUUAAACCCGUCAAGUCUUAGGUUUCAUCAUUAAUUGUAGGAAAUGUCUAGUGCGUCAAGUAACCAAUCGGUGGUUCGUGACGGGACGGAAUACGAGAAUGUAUACCCGUCCGGUCAUAAAGACCAAGAUAGUCCAGGCGAAGAUAGGAGUCCGUCUGCAUCCUCUUCGUCCUCAACAAGUGAGGAUGUGGAGAAAAUUGAGAUAGAGGGUCCUGACGGGAAUCAAGCACUGGAGUCCGUCGUAGGUGCUGAUGGACUAAGGCAGUUCAUCAUGUUACCAGAGUGGACAGUGCAUAGGUUCACAUCCGUCAUCCGGGAGAGACAUUUCAGUACCUUUAGAACAAAUUUUCAGAUACCAGACUACAUCCCGAUCCGUCUUCCCUACGUGUCGGAGAGAUGUUAUUAUGACGGAGUAGAAGGUGUUGGAGUGUACGAGCAGGUGUUGAAGGCUGGACUUCGGUUCCCGCUCUCUACACUCCAUAGGGAACUCUUGCAUUACCUGGGACUGUCCGUCACCCAGAUUUCUCCAAACGCCUGGAGGGUCUUCGUAGCAAUGGAGAUUCUUUAUGGCGCAAUGUCGAAUGGAGAAAGGAGACUGACGGUCCGUGAAUUUCUUCACUGUUACCGUCCAGAUGAGAUUGAUAGAUCAAGGGGGUUGUACCGUUUUGCUAGUCGAAGUCCCUUGUUGAAGGUCAUCUUUGAGACCCCAGACUCAAAUAGAGACUGGAAGAGUCGCUAUUUCUUCCUGGAGGGUGACAGGUGGAUGAACCGUCCAGGAGAGACGGAGUACAUGCCCGUCGAUACAACUUGGGGGAUAAUAAACCAAGCGCGUAGAGGGCGCCCGCAGGUUAGCCUCGAGGAAUUUAGUUUCCUUGAAAAGGUUUGUAGAAAAGCUAAGCCGGACGAAAGGACCUGGGCCAAGUUAGUGAAUCCAAAGACAAUACACUGGUAUUGUGACGGUCCAGAACCUACCCGUGAGGCCAUUGCUUACGACGAAAGAAUACACAAACAAAUGGACGACGCCAAGAGAAGAGCCAUGAUAAAAUCUCUAGCCGUCGAGCAAAAGAAGACGGGUGAGAUCGUUGUUCCCAGUGUGCCGGGGUCAUCGGGCAAGAGGAAGCAGCCACCAAAGUCCGACCGUCCACACAAGCAGCCAAAGGUGUCAAUGGAGCCCAUCGUGGGCUUGAUGGCUGAGGGCCCUAAGGCCGUCAACCAAGUUAAACAGGGGGCCGGUAAGGGCCUAAUGCAUGCUCCACCCGUCAGCGAGGAGAAGCCCCCUCCCCUUCUUCGUGAUGAUUCGAAGUUCGCUUUGGAAAAGCUUACGUCCAUACUUUCUGCAGAGGACUAUGAGGAUCUGGGGAAUCACUCGACGGAGGCGAUGGGAGAGACGGGGUUAUUUGCCGUCGGACAGUCCUUGGUUAUGAUGAAGGGCUUGAUGGACCGUUGCCUCAACCGUGAAGCGGCUCUGGAACGGGUACGGUCAAAACUUGGGAAGACGGAAGAAGAGCUUAGCCAGCUGCACAAGUGGAAGUCCACCAUGGAGCAGAAAUUUGAACUGUCUGAGAAUACAAGAAAGGAGCUUGAACAGAAGACGGAAGAAGCUGGGAAGGUCUUGAAGAGCAGAGCGGACGAGGUGAAAGAUCUGAAGAAAAAGCUCCGUCAUGCAAAGGACGACGCCGUCAGCGAAUAUCGCAACUCCGAGUCCUUGUUGAAGGAGCUGGGAGGAUCGUUCCUUCAAGGCUUUGACGAUGCGCUCCGUCAGAUAAAAAAGACCUACCCAGAUCUGGACGUGUCCAUGAUAACACUUACUGACCAAGAUCAGACUUCUGCCCUGCCCGUCGCCUCCGAAAAUACGGAGGACCUCUUUGGGGAAGAAGCAGCUCAGGGUGACGGAGAGUCCGCUCCGCCGAAUGAGGUCGCUGUUGCCGACCCCAAGAAAGCAGAGUAACCCAUGUAAUUGUUUAGGAGGAUCCGUCUCCCUUUUAUAUACAGUUAAUUAUUUGUAGACGGUUUGUUUAAAGUUUGAUUUUGUAUUGAACAAUGUUUGAUUUUAAGUGUUGAUUUGCAUAAGCUAAUCUGUUGAUCCGUCCACUUUAAAAGCUGUUGCUGACUUAUAUAGUCAUGUUGUCCGUCCACCUCGUGGGCGUUUUGGAGCCGUCCGCUUUAUUUAUGUAUGUAAUUUUCCCACCGUUUUGGCUGAA